CGUGCGCAUUCGCUACUGGUGGGAGCGAAAUCGGGAAGCGUCCGUUGUGUUCUGUUCUGUGAUCUGCAAAAAGCCGGCAUAAGAGAAAAAAAUAUACUCUCGGUAUUCUUUCUCCUCAGCAGCAAGUGCCAUUAAUUCUGGUGUAACUGCUCAUCCCAAAGCAUGACUGCCGAACUCGAGGAACAAGACAAGAAAAGUGAGAAGGAGAUUGAAGUGGAGAAAAUUUCUACUCCGAAGGAAGAGGAGGCGCCUAAAAAUGGAGGAGGAGAUCUGAAGAAAUCUGAUAAAGAGGAGGUGGCGGAGGAAGAGAAAGCUGCUCAGGAAGAGAAGGCUGCUGAAACCGAUGGCGAGGGCCAGCAACAGGAGGAUGAAGAAAUUGCUGUUCCAAAGAAGAAAGCACCAGGGUUUUUUGCAAGACUUUUCAAGAGACGAGAAAAUAUUGACAAGCAACAAGAUGCUGAGGCCGGGACUGAACUAUUGGCAAAGGACGGAAAAGCUGAAAUCAAGGGUGAAGAGGACGGCAAGAACGAAAAGAACGACAGCGGCACUGACGUCACUGUCGCCAUCACAGACGACAACGAAACUGCUGGCGACGACGCGAAAAACGCCAAACUGCAAGAUGGCGAGCAGAAGCGCAGCACUUACUGGAGAAGGGUGGCCAUCAGCCUCAUCUGCAUCAUCAUCGCCCUGGUCGUGGUGAGCGUCAUCUCUGUCAUCACUAGCUCAGGACACACAUCCAGGGGUCCGUUAGGAGAGCCGCUAGCCAUCACUGAAUGCGGGGCAGUGAAGGGAUUCAAGGAAAACGGCAUUUACGUGUUCAAGGGAGUCCCCUACGCCAUGCCCCCCAUCGGUGAGCUGCGAUGGAAGCCCCCCAUGCAGCCCCCCAGCUUCAACGAAUGCUGGACGGACACCUACGAAGCUUACAACUCGAGCGCUGUCUGCUUCCAGAAACCCAUACCUGGUCAUAACCUGGAGAUGAGCGAAGACUGUCUGUACCUGGAUAUCAUCACGCCGAGCUUGUCACCCCCGAUCCUCAGGCCGGUGGUCGUAUACAUUCCCGGAGACCACCCCUUGAGGGGUCACUCCGCAGACGACAUCAAGUGGAGGCCCACCACGGGUAUUGCCGAUGCCAGGGACGUCACGUUCGUGACUAUCAAUUACCGUACCAAUGUGUUUGGCUUCAUGACCCUCGAUUUGCUGAGCAAGAGGAUGAGGCCGCCUACCUCUGGGAACUAUGGCAUCAUGGAUAUGCUGUCUGCUUUGAGAUGGGUACAGAGGAACAUCCAAAGCUUCGGAGGCGAUCCACAAAAGGUAACUGUGUUAGCCCACGGGGGUGCUGCGACUGCUGCACUUGCUCUACUUUCCACCAAGAAAGCUGAUGGUUUAUUUAGCCAAAUGUGGCUUACUGCUCCUUCAGCUCACUUCAGCAACAAAACUUUGGAUAAUAUUGGAUCAGAAAAUGCUGCUUUCCUUAGGAAAUUGAACUGCGAUUCGAUAUCAUGUUUAUAUAACAAAACAUCCGAAGAAAUUUUGGCGGCCACUCCUGGCUUCUGGGAAGUUGAUUGGUCCAAAGAUCUGCCUAGUUCGGAUGAAGAACAAUCACCUGUUAUGACUGUUGUUGAUGGUGUAUUGUUGUUCGACACUCCUACAAAUAUGUGGAAAUCUGGAACGAUUCAGCAAGUUCCCGUUGUUAUUGGUGCUGCUGCUCAAGAAUCUGGGACAUCUAAACUCCUUCCCGAUGUGGAGAGAUGGAGUUGGUCAGAUUUUAAGGAUUAUGUGACUGAAAAGUUAGAAGUAUUCAACAAUAAUGUCACAGAAAACGCUUUACAGUUCUAUGUACAAAAUUUGUCAACACCUUUACAACAGUUUCAUUCCAUGGUUUCCGACGUGCGAACUAUUUGCCCGCUGGAGAGACUGACCGAUGCUCUUGGUGAGGCUUUGCAGACCGAUUCGUCCUGGUGGUAUGUGAUGGAAUACAAGCCAAGCGCUCCGGUCCAGUUCUCCAAUGAAAGUGCUUCAGUGCGCUUGGCAGUUCAUGGACUAGACAUCGUCGCCAUCUUCGGAAUCAUGGAUCAGUACAUUAAGGACAUGUCCCCGUCGGACAAAACAUUCGAAAAGAACAUGCAGGACUUGUUCUACAGCUACGUGUACCAUGGUAGGCCGGCUAUUCGAGGCGAAGUCCUGAUGUCUUCGCAUUUCAUCAACAUCAUCGGUAACCAGGUUCAAAGCAAGAUGUCUCCAUACGACAACUGCCAAUUGUGGAAUAACGAUAUGUUUUACCCAGCGUAUGCUAAAAUGAAUUAAGUGUGGAGUGAAAAAGACUUUUGGAUUGAAUUUUAAUGUACUUAUUGGAGAGUCAGCCUAUCCAACUCUAAAGUUCUUGUACAUGACAUGGCAAGUGCAUCCAGUCCCUUCAUACAGUUUUCUGGUAUUAAUCAAUGUUUGAUGCAAUCUCAAAUUGAAACAAAAAUAGACAUAUCGCUUGGAAAUGCUGGAUGUGUGUAUCUCAACUGAAAGCGUUCAGAGGAUUUUUUAAAAAAAGGAAUAAAAGCUGUCUCUAAGGUUGCGUUUGAAUACCUCAACCGGUCUACCGAUGACUAACCGGAGAUUUUUCCGGUGAGCUGGUUGCUACCGAUGUUAUUCUAUUAACUUCACCGGUUGAUCUACUGGUUGGUCGACCGCAAUUUAAAUUGGUUGAUUGAACCACGUGACAUUUUUGAUCAAUAAUAAGUAUUUUUCACCUGGCGCAGACGAAUAGUCUGAGCAAGGUGAUCAACCAAAAGCGUUGAUGAAGCAUUGGUUGGUGAACCACUGGUUAAUAACCGCUGACGUCAUUAGUUGUCAUGUGAUCAACCGACCAGUGGCUACCGGUUAAGGUAUGCGAACGAAACCUAAGAAAACAUGGUGUUUCACGAAUUAGCGUUAAGUGUUACCAUUUAUGCAGAUUGGUUUUCGCGAAAAGUUAUUUCAAAUUUAGAUGUUUUUUUCAAGCAACAGUCAUGGGAAAAUCAUGGGGGCAUUGCUUAAAACUGUUGAAUGAUCCUCUGAAUACUUUAAGCUUAGCUAUAGAUAUCUUGUAUGAUACUUUAACUGCUUCAGAGUUGGAUGGAGGCGGACAGAAAAAUGUUUCCUUUAUUUUGCAGUAUUUGAAGAUAUACAUGUCCAUCAAAAUCCUUUUUAUCGUCAACUUACAUCACAAGAUUACAUUUUUAUUCAUGAUUUCUUGUACGGAUGAAGUCAUUUAUGAUUAUUUUUCUGGAAAACUCAGGUUGGAUGAAAAAGAAAAAUGGCAUAAAAAUUCCAUUCAUUUUUUUUUACUACAACAUUGUUAUGACAUACUACUUAAGAUCUGUGAUACAAUGUUCGUUAAUGAUGCAGGCAUUCUCAUAUUUCUCAGUUUUCAUCCCUAAACUCAUGCAUCAUUUUUCAUUUGAGAAGGAAAUUUGUUUAUUUAAUGUAUCGUGUAUUGUAUGCAGAUAUUGUGUUUCAUUCAAAAAACGAUUCCAAUUUACAUCUUUUUAAAGAAGAAUUUACAAACAUUCGAAAUAAAUUUCGACCAAUUUUUAAAGUAAUGCGCAACAUUCCUGAUAGAAAAUUUUAUACCUGUAUGGCAUAUUUUUGAUCAUCUCAUAAAAUUGACAAAAAAUAUUUUUUAUCCACGGUUUCUAAGAAAUUACAAAACUAUCUUUCGAUCGUGAAGCCUAUUAUAUAUAUACAUUACACUUUAUUAAGAGAUAGCAUGAUAAUUAUCAAACGAUUAGUAAUUUUUGAAAAAUAUUAGUAAUUAUUCAAAAAAAAAAUUAUUAUUCAAAAAUAUUUUUGAUCCACGGUACCUAAUAAAUUACAAACAAAUCUUUCGAUCGUGCAAUCUAUUCUAUACAUUACGUUUCAUGAAGAGGCGGCAUGAUAAUUGUUAAACGAUUGGUAAUAAUUCAAAAAUAUUAGUAAUUUAAAAAAAAAAGAUUAAUAAUUGACGAAAAAAAAACGAUAAUACCGAGCCGAUAAUAACCGACAUAAAAACCGAUUAAUAAACCGUUCAAAAAUAUUAGUAAUUAUUCCAAGAAAAAAAAGAUUAAUAAUUGUUCAAAAAUAUUUUUAUCCACGAUUUCUAAGAAAUUACAAACCUAUCUUUCGAUUUUGAAGUCUAUUCCAUACAUUACUUUAAUGAAGAAAUAGCAUGAUAAUUAUCAAACGAUUAGUAAUUAUUCAAAAAGAAUACUAAAAGCAUUUCACGUUGUUUCACAUUUUUAAAGCACGGUCAAGAUUCGAUCGUCUGUUUUAUUGCUCAAAAAUAACAAUGAUGGCGCAUUCAGUGGGAUGAAGUUCCUUUUUUUUUUUAAUAAUCUGUAACGAACGUGCAGUUAA